AUGUGCGGUAGCGACGUCUUCCUAGCGAUCGUCGCCAUCCUCUUCCCACCCAUCGCCGUCUGGGUGAAGCGUGGGAUCUGCUCCGCCGACAGUCUGAUCAAUCUCGCUCUUUGCUGUCUCGGCUUCCUCCCUGGCCUUGUACAUGCAUGGUACAUCAUCUCGACCUACCCCGAACCCACCUAUCACCAGGUUCCGCAGGAUGCCGAGCGGGGCAAUGUCACACACUACUACGUGCAGACCCAGCCAUCACGGAGACCAGAAGCYCCCCACGGUUAUGGUACGGUCAACAGCACAGUCGACCAGCAGUUUCCUGGUCAGCAGCAAGGUGUUGUGCAGCCAAAGUCAAAAGCUGUAGCAGCGCCAAGACAACAGCAGGCUGGCCCAAGUGAAGAGGUGCCUCCAUCAUACGCACAGGCUGUGGGCGACCACAAGGUCCAGGGACCAUAG